AUGGCUUCUGUCACCCCAAAGGUGCCUCCCCCAAUCCUCAAAAAAAACUCACUAAUACUCUACAGAGUGGGAACUGAAUUUUUUUUUUUUCAAGGCGUCCUGGUUCAAAAUAACCCUCAUCCGUUCCGGCAUCGGAAUGACCGAGCGUCAAAACGGUGUCCUGAAAGCCCUCGGCCUACGACAUCGCAUGAAGACAGUCUAUCACCCUGUCUCCCCCGACACCGCCGGUAUGAUCAUGAAAGUUAAGGAAUUGUUGGCAGUCAGCGAGGUGGAUAAACCUCUUACACCAGCUGAGAUCCAUGCGAAGAGACAGCCGCCGAAGGGGUACUACGUCGAGGAGCCGGGAGCGUUAAGAAACAUCGAAAGCUCAUGA